AUGCUCAGUAGCUAUAGCAGAUCUCACAGUCUUACAUACUGCAACAAAACUAUAGCCUAUUUGUAUGUAAACAUAUUAUGCUGCAAAGCCUUGGGAAGUCUAGAUAGGCCAGUUGACUACGACAUAUGCAAUGCACCACCAUGUCAGACAAAUGAGUCAGCCUACUAUUCAAAUGCCAUCUUUUUAUUGGAGUACACUCGUUGA